AUGGCAGAACGGUUUUGUCUGCACCUGGCGCCCCUUGAUGUCAGUCUCAUGACGGAUGAAAAUGACGGCGCGGUAAUGCCACUGGUAUAUGUUGUGGUUCACAUGCAGGAAAGAGGUGAAGUUAUGUAUGAGGAGGCAGAGAUGCGUGCAGAGGGGCAGGACGCAAAAUCCAACGCAUUGCUUACGAGACUGUACCACGGAGCUGCUAGUAUUGUGAGCGAAAUUGAGGAGGGCCGAGUUCUUUUGGGGAGCAGCCCCAUGGCGUCAAGCUCCCGUCAGUCAUCGGCGCAUGUUCAUCUGCAGAACGGCGGCCGGUUAUUUUUCCGGCACCCCGUGGAGGGUGGAGACUACAUGUUGACUGUCACCAUCCCAGCGGGGGUAUGGCGGUGGUUGGGGCCGAUUACGCUGCAGAUUUUGCUUGCGACGGCGGUGCGAGGAUAUGAAAUUGCCGUGAGUGUCGCCGCAGUUGCCUCUGUCCCGACGUAUUACCCGCUGCGCGACCGUCUAACGGAAAGUUUGGACGCCGUAGAGGAUGCGGUGCGGUCGCGAAUAAGGCGAAUAAUGGAAUUUGUUGCGUUUUUGAAUGAAUGUGAGCACCGUGAGACUGCGUCUUCUGCGGCUCUGUUGCAUGGUGGUCAGGAGGUCGUUGUUGUCACACGAAGGUUGUGUCACGAUCGCCCAUCAUUGAUUCGCAAAAAUAGUCGCCUAUCAAGGACGCUGCAACAGUUAUUAUGGUCUGCGACGAGUUAUUCAGACUACGUCUCCCUGAGCGGUGCCGUUUCUAGUGGAGGCAUGCGUGAUGGGUACAAACGUCUUGUUGUCACGGCUGCGGCGGUGUGGUACCAUGGAGAACCACUCUUCAGCAGUGGCUCCAGCGACGAUUAUGAGGCAUAUCUUUUGCCAGCCGCUAUUGUGGCAUAUGCAGAUCGAUGUUUGGCAAGUCGUGAGGCCACUGGCGUGCAGCAGCCCAUCACAGUGAAGUGCAUCUCCAUGCAUGUGGAAAACCCCCGAAUUGGGUCUUGCACCGCCGGGUAUGUGAGGCAACAUGGAAAUGCAGAGGAGAACACGGCCGCCAUAACUGCCGCGUUUGUCUCUUUAGGAGGGUGGAUCAUCGCUCUGCGCAUGGAGGCCGCGUUGAAUGCCUUCACUGGCGCCCCGAUGCCGCAUAUUGUCUCUGGUGUGACAAACCUCAUUACGAGGAAACUUGAAAUACCUCGAUUUGAGGCAUUUGUCCGGCUGCCAACCGUUGAAAAACUGAUGGGAGUAUCGCAAACCACCGCCAGUACCACGAUGACGGCGAGUAACACUUCUUUUGCUUGUAUUCUACGUGCUGUGCGACACCUCGGCCUAUUCGCACAUCCCUGUGGCGACGCCAACCACCUAACGACGGCUUUUCGGGACGUUUGCCUCUACCGCCACCGCAAGACCGUCACAAGUGCAGUGGAGAGCAAUGAAUGGAGCCUGUGGCCGCAACACGCGCAAAGGGCCGUGCAGAGUCUGGUGGAACUCACUGCGCUUACGUUCCGACGGCGCCGUCGGAAGACAUGCGGCGGCAUUGAUCGAUCCGCCCCAUUUUCGUUACUUCGCGGACGUGACUCAGUUCUUGUGCUCUUGGCUGCCCCUGUUUACAGCCCUGUGCCCAAAGUCGUAUUCUUUUUGGCGGAAAUGGAGCCGCAAGGUAUUCCAGCGGCCGAAGGGUUGCGUGCCUUUGCAACGUGGGUCCUAUCGAAGGCUCUGUGA